AUGUUCCAGACUACGGAGGUAAAUAGUAGCAAUGAUCGAGGAACAGCUCGGCUAGCUCACAAGGCUGCCACUGCGCACUGGUGCUACCAGGUAGUCAUUCACUCGAUCCAGCGGGAACUUUGCCACCUGCACUUCCGAGUCAUCAUCCGUACAGUAGCACAGAGAUAUCGCAAUACGCUUGCGUAUGCUUGCGAACUCUCUACCUACACAAAACAACAACACCAACCCACAAGUAUGAGUGCUCUACCGGUGCAAUUAUUUACGUCACAGUAUGUUAUGCCACCUUACUUACAUCAAUUUCCUACUGACAAUCUUCAGAUCCGGUCCCCAUGGAUACAAACGCCCGCCACCCAGAACCUGAACUGGGGAACCUCGAUGCAGUUCUCAGAUUCCUUCAUAAUUAUCCGCAUUCGCAUACAUCCACCUCCCCAAACGAUGCUGAAAUCGCCGACGUCGCUCUCGAUCCUACAAAAUAUGACCCCACUACAAGCAAGCCAAACUCGUUAGGAGACUUUAAUCGUUGCUGGGAAUUUCUCGGUCGCCCUCUUGACGCAGUCACUCGACGCCGACAUGAAUCAUUUGGAACCUCCUCUAGUUCUCUUACCUUCUCCACAAUCACACUAUCUAGACCAUCUCCAGCAUCUACGCCCCUCUCGUCUGCCCCAGAAGAUGAAGCUGAGAAAAUUACACCUACAAAUGCGAUCACCAGGUUGAGUUUGGAAGGCGAGAACGAGGAUAAAUCAAAGGCAAAGGAGGUCCGUUGGCAGGAUGAAUCACUUGGAUUAGUUACCUCCCAAUCACGCAGACGAACCAAACGCAUUUCGAACAAGUCUUCUUCGCAACAAGAAUCUGAUACGGAAAUUCGGUAUACAUUAAGAAGUGGCAAAAAAAUCAAAGUUAUCAAUGACGAGAUUACAAAACCGAAAUCUUUUGAAAUCUCACCUCAUAAAACAAAAGGUCUUAUUCCUUCAAGUCUUGUCCCGCCGCCGCCGCCAUUUCUACCAUACCCACCAGUUUACCCGGAUGGCUCAAUAAUACGUCCUAAACUCACUCUCACAUAUAUGGAAAAGAAAGCCCGUCUCAUUAAGAAACUAAAGAAAAGAAACUUAAUUUCUCGGGAGCUAUCCACAACAAGCCUUCUACCAGAAUACAAGAGAAAGAUACAGUCUGACGGUAUUCACAUCUUCGUCGAUUUCUCAAACAUAAACAUAGGAUUCUUCCAACAAAUCAAAAGAGAUCGUGGCAUCCCUCUCCAAGUUUACAGGAGAUUUCCUCCACUUUCGUUCCACUGUCUAUCCCUCCUCUUUGAACGUAACCGCCCAGUAGCCCGUCGAGUGCUCGCAGGCUCCAUUAAUGGCGGUAGCCUCGCACACGACGGCUUGGGCCGCCUCGUCAAACAACGCCUCCCACAAGUCUUUCUCGACGCCCGAGAAUGUGGUUAUGAACUGAACAUCUUGGAACCCGUUGUAAAGGCUCCCUCCCUUACUCCGAAAAGAAGAGGAGGAAAAGGAAACGGCUACGCUACCUCAGGUCACUCCUCUGGUUCCGAUGCACCGAGCUAUGUACGAGUUUCCAAGCAAGAACAAUGCGUGGAUGAAAUCUUGCAGAUGAAGAUGCUGGAAAGCAUCGUUGAUGCCGAAGAACCAUCGACUAUGGUACUCGCCAGUGGUGACGCUGCGGAAGCGGAGUACUCUGGCGGGUUCCUGAAGACGGUUGAAAGGGCAUUGUUGAAGGGGUGGCAAGUGGAGGUUUAUGCUUGGAGUGGGGGAUUGAGCACGGAAUACUGCUCCAAGGAGUUUUUACAGCGAUGGCAGGGGAAGUUUACAGUUAUUGUGCUGGAUGAUUUUGCCGAGGAGUUGUUGGCUUUUUAUGUCACGUCCUGCCUUGUUGGGGACCAGACUUUGGGGUUGGUGGACAUGUACUGAUGUGACAGCUGGGCAUGCUGAAAUGAACCGACGAAAAAACUAAUAUCAAAUAUGCUAAAACCGAUGAACGGAAAUGGAAUUGAAACAGGAAUCGAACGAUGGAUGAUCAAAACAUGAUGGAUGAUCAAAAGAUGAUGAUGGAUGAUGGAAUGAUGAUGGCUUAUGAUAUGGCCGGACUACGAUUUCAUGACGAGCCGGACAUUUAAUUCUUUCUUUCUUUUCUUCUGGAAACUCAAAUCAAGGAAUAGGUCUGUACAACAGAGAAAGCAUAGCGGAUGUGGAUUACCAAAUAUGGAUGGAGUAUUCAGCAUUCAGCAUGGCAUUUGGAGUUUGGGAUCGUAUGGAAACAUGGAUACGAAUAUCUUUGUCCGCUCAUGAUCAUGGUAGAUCGAUAGGGAAGGAUCAAACAUUGAAAUAUGAUAGCAAUUGAAUAUAAUACAAUACAAUGCAACG